GCUGGACCAGAAGCCCGGCUUCAAACCUGGUCAGAAACAUUCAACAAACAGGCUGACUCUUUCCAAAGUCAAAAAGAGUUUACUUCCUGAAUUUCAACUAUCCGUUGAAAAAACAUCUACCCUAAAGAAAGAACGACAGGGCAUCAACCAUCAUGACGCAUCUGUAAUAAUAAUUUCACCCGAUACUUCCCCACGAGCGCUGACCGUCUCCCGCUCUGAAACAACAGCGGUAGCACACGCUGAAGCUGGCCCACCAGACCAUCCACUUCCUAUCGCUGAAGCUGGAAUCAGCACAUCAGAGAGGGAAAACCCACUACCUGCUGGAAUCAGCACAUCAGAGAGGGAAAACCCACUACCCCUACCCUCGGCCCCAAGGCGUGCAAGUCUCCCCAUUAAGAAGAAGAAGAAGAAGAGACCGACCUUUAAUAAACUACGAUCAAUGGUACGAGCCCUCCAGCAAAGCAUUACUAGGAUUGCCUCCAAGGUGGAGACCGCUAGACGCAUGAUUACAGAAACUUCAUCAACGGUGGAACGGAUACCGACCUGUGGGCCGCGUCGAUCCGGAGGCUACAGAUCAAGAUCCAGGGUGCUUCUGAGAACCUGCCACAUCCUGAUGGAUGAACUGUUCAACAACUGAGUUAACUAAGUAAUUUGUGACUUCUGUAAAAUAUGGAUAAUCAGCAAAUGAGAGCUGCUUUGAAUGUAAUGGUACAGGCUGUUAAUGACCUUAAGAAUAUACCUGUUCAGUAUGAAUCCGAUUUUGUCAAUAUAUAUCCACCAUCCCCUGAAGAACAAAUAAACGCAGAUAGAAAUCUGGAGCAUUUACUCUCAUUAGAACAAGCGAUCCAAGAAUUAAACGUUUCUGUCCCUCAAUCAGUGUUGCAAGAAAAUGUGUCCUUAACCCCCCCUAAUCCUACAGAGGGUCAGUUUCAGCAGCAAGGAGGGCAUAUCGAUCAGAGGGUUAUAGAAAACGUUGAAAGUAAUCAAAGUGAUUCUUCCAGUAAUGUUCUGCAAAAUCCCACAUCCAGCCUACCUCAACAGCCGAACCUGACUCCUUCCUCCACCGCCCCCAUACCUGACCGAAUGGUUCAGCCCGACAUGAGUCGGGAUCAGCAGGUGGUAGACACCCCUGAACAGAGUCAGGUAACCCAUGCACCCCAUGUUGAACGUGAGCAUUUUAAUGUUACAGAGAUAAGACGUCCUUUCAAUGUGAUUGCUGCAUGCCCCCGUGACGUUCCUAAUCUCGCAGAAUUCUAUACACAGGUACAUAACAUACUUGUCGAGCUUGCUAACUCUGCUAGACAAUCAGCAGCUCGUAACGAUAUUGUGCAGUUAGAAUUAAGCGGGGAGGGAUUCUCUCGUCAUACGAUUGUUCAAGUAAAUGAUGAACCUGAUUCAAUUCUGGCGGGGUUUCAGGAAUUUUUAGACGAGCUUGUACAGUCCAACACAGAGCUCCCACCAAAUAGCAACUUAGAACUAAUUCUUCAGGUUGUGAGAAACCCUACAGGCGGUGCAAAGCGUAAAGCUGUAAAAACAUUAGACUGCGAGCUGAUUCAUAAAAAGAAACGUCAUUUGUAUAUCAUUGACAAUUGUUCUAAUCAGCUAUGUUUCUCAAUCAGUCUAGCACAUGUAUUUAACCCGUCUUUUACAGACGCAGAAGCCACGCAUCAAGCUAGAGAAUGGCAGCUUAUGGCAGGUUUGACUGAGCAAACCCCCGUGACUUUCAGCGAUGUGCAAAAAUUUGAAAAGAUAGUGAAUAGGAAAAUUGUGGUAUUCUAUAAAAGCGAUGGGGAAGCACUGCUUUGUAAAUUCGAGACAGACUUUCCAGAUCGCUCAAAUCCUCUUUUUCUGUUCUUAUUCAAAAAUCAUUAUUAUGGGGUAAAAAACCUGCUGGGUUUCACCGGCACCAAGUACAUCUGCAGUUACUGCUUUACCGGUUACGAAAACAUCAGCACACAUAACUGCGGGGGUCAUUGUUCCGUAUGCCACGAUCCGGGCUGUACUCUCCAAGAGUCCCGCUCUGUACGCUGCGCAGAUUGUAACCGGAUCUGUCGUAAUUCAUUCUGCUUUGUUAAACACAGAGAGCCCAGAGAGAAACCUAAACUCGGGAAGCUUUUAAGUAAUUGCCAAACAACAAAAUACUGUCCUGCGUGUAAAAAACUACAUCAUGUAUCGGCAGGAGGAGAGAGCAGGGGUCACGUCUGUGUAUCAAAAUGCACCAUCUGUCAUGAGAAAGUGCCUGGUAGCAUUGAUGUAACGUUAAACGAACAUCAGUGCUACAUUCAACCUAGCCUUACUGAUGGAGAGCUCACUGAUAAACUGGUUUUUUUAUGAUUUCGAAUGUUUUUUCGAUCAGAGCGGGGUGCACAUCCCAUUUCUUGUCUGUACCAAAACAUGGAAAGGUCAUCUCUGGCACGCUUACGGACUGAAUUGCGUCCGUGAAUUUCUGCUUCAGUUCAGAAAACCCCGGUAUAGGGGUUACACAUUUAUCGCUCAUAACGCCCGGGGCUAUGACUCUUACUUGAUUCUCAGGGUGAUGGUGGAGAUGGGUAUUAAACCGCACCUCAUCACCCAGGGGAGCAAAAUCCUCUGUUUCACAGAACCAGAUUACGCUCUGAAAUUCAUUGACAGCCUUUCAUUUCUUGCUAUGAAACUGAGUCAAAUGCCGAAAGCUUUAGGCUUCACAGAUCACAGUAAAGGUUUUUUUCCCCAUUUGUUCUCCUCUGAGAACAAUUUAAAAUAUGUCGGCCCGCUCCCUGCCCCCAGCUUCUACGCAUUCGAACACAUGAACCCCGCAGAGCAGGAACGGUUUAACGUCUGGUACAGCCAGGCGUGCGAGCGAUCCUUUGACUUUCAGAAAGAAGCUCUUUAUUAUUGUCAAAAUGAUGUUGAGAUUCUUUUCAUGGGCUGUGUGAAAUUCAGGGAAGAGUUCUUUAAAGAGACGAACGUGGAUCCUUUAAAAUGCAUCACAAUCGCCGCAGCCUGCAUGAAGGUUUUCACAUCCAAUUUCCUUCCUCCUAAUACUCUAGCCAUACCCUCGCCGGUGGACUACAGGCGUCAGUGUAAGACAUUUUCAAACGCGUCCAUUCAGUGGCUAGAAUGGUUAGCUCAUGAUAGGGGAAUAGAGAUUCAGCAUGCGUUAAAUGGAGGGGAAAAGAAAAUUGGCCCUUAUUAUGUGGAUGGGUACGCAGAAGUGGACGGGGUCAAAACUGUGUUCGAGUUCAACGGGUGUUUUUUUCACGGCUGUCCCACCUGCUUUCUACCUGACCGCACCUGUCCUCUCAGGGGUGUUUGCUUUGAAGCAAUCCACUCAGCCACCAUCGAGAGAGCCAGGAUAUUACAGUCAGUUUACAGCGUGCGAUUAGAGGUUGUCUGGGAGCACGAUUGGGUCCAGCUGAAGGCGUCGCGCUUAGGCGUCAAAAGUUUUCUGGAAGGUUUUAACGCCCCAGAACCUCUCUCACCGCGUGAAGCUUUAUACGGUGGCAGGACGUCUGCUCUCAGACUCAGGUACAGUGCAGGAGAAGAGGAAGCGGUGCAUUAUGUUGAUUUUACUUCUCUGUACCCGUACGUGAAUUCCAACUUCCCCUACCCCCUAGGUCAUCCCAAGAUCAUUUGCCGGGAUUUUGAUGAUCCCCGCAACUACUACGGGUUAAUUAAAGCUACGGUGUAUCCUCCCCGCGGUCUGUUUUUUCCUGUUUUACCUUACAGGACAUCUGCGGGUAAACUGGUGUUCACUCUCUGCCGUGCAUGUGCUGAAAUUAACUACCAGGCAGGUUCCUGCACCCACUCUGAUGAGGAGAGAGCGCUGAGGGGAGUAUGGGUCAGUGUCGAGCUUUGUAAAGCGUUAGAACACGGUUACCGUGUUGCAAAAAUCACUGAGGUUUGGCAUUUUGAGAAAAAAAGCAGUUCAAUUUUUGAACCGUAUAUUCACAAAUUUCUCAAGGGUAAACAGGAAGCUUCAGGCUUCCCUGCUGAAGCAACGGAUGAGGAGAGCCGCUUAAAGUAUGUAGCAGACUACAAACUUAAUCAGGGCAUCCAGCUGAACGUGGACAACAUCGAGGUGAAUCCUGCUAAAAGACAGAUGGCUAAACUAUGUCUGAACAGUUUUUGGGGGAAAUUUGCACAAAGAAAUGACCUGUUUCAAACUACCAUCGUGUGCAAGGCUGAUGAGUUUUUUGACUUUUUGUUCUCAGGUAAAUACACAGUCAGCUACUUUCACUUUCUAACCGAUAAAAUGUGUAUGGUUCAGUGGAAAUACAACAAGCGCUGCAUCUCUCCACCCAACAAGGUAAAUAAUGUGUUUAUCGCAGCGUUCACCACAGCAUACGCUCGUCUGAAACUGUACACCUGUCUCGAACAACUUCAGCAUCGAGUUUUGUACAUAGAUACCGACAGCCUCAUUUAUGUGGUUAAACCGGGUGAGACUCCCUUGGAGCUGGGGAAUUAUCUGGGUGAUUUAACGGAUGAGCUGGGAGGUGACACGAUUCAGGAAUUUGCAUCGACAGGACCCAAAAGCUACGCGUAUCAGACCAGAAACCGGAAAAAGGUUGUGAUGCGCGUUAAAGGCAUCACUCAAACUCAGGAAUGUAGUGAGAGGGUGAAUUUUGAUAGUGUGAAAGACCUGGUGGAAGGUUAUUUGAAAGGUUCUACAGGGGUCGUUUUAGAAGCUCCACAAUGUACCAUCAGGCGAGAUAAAAGAAGCUUUCAGCUAAAAAAUGCCACAUUUCAGAAAAAGUUCCGUGUGGUGUAUGACAAGAGAAGGCUUUUUCCCGACGGAACAACUCUGCCUUUUGGUUACUAAGUGUUAACUGAAAAAAUGUCUCUCUCCUCUGAAACACAGGAGAUUGAAUUUGACCCAAGAUUCAGAACACCCUUUUCAUGUAUGAUUGUAGGCCCUAGUGGAUGUGGGAAAUCUUUCUUUGUAAAAAAUGUUUUGCAGAAAUGUAACCAUGUCAUGGAUGUUGUACCAGAAAAUAUUGUAUGGAUCUAUACUUCUUUUCAAAGUCUGUAUGCUGAAUUGCAAAAAAUGAAUAAAAAUAUUAAAUUCA